GUGGCUGCUGAGAUGUACGAACUUCCGGUUCUCCCGGCAGCUGCCUCCGCUACCAUCUCUACCACCUGCUACCGCUGGGCCUCAGCCCGGGAUUUGGUCACCUCUUUCUGGCCCUCCCCUGCGCCCAUGCUCCGGCCUGGAGCCAGGGCGGCGGGCCCGGCGCUCUCGCGUGCUCAGCGGGCGGUCCGGGGACGAUGAAGGCCUCGUACUGCUGCUGCUUCAGCCGUCUACUGGUCCCCGCCUUCCUGUUGCUCCUGCUGCUGCCAGCGCCGAGUGGGCCCAUGGCGGUGCUGUUGCUGGCGGCCGAGGCCGCGCCAGGCCCAGGGCCACCCGGCCCCGGGCCGCGAACCCCGCCGCCGCUGCCGCCGGGCUCCACCGCCGCCCAGCUGCCCGGCCGCGCUCCGGCCGAGGCCACGGGGCCGCGGGGUGCCGAGGGCGGCAAUGGUAGCACCCCGAGGGCCGGGCUUGUGGCGGAGGACCGCGAAGAGAAGACUGGAGAAGGAGGCGUAAUGAGCGGUGGCCUCGCUGUGAGCCCCAACCCCGGCGACAAGCCCAUGACCCAGCGCGCCUUGACGGUGUUGAUGGUGGUGAGCGGUGCCGUGCUUGUGUAUUUCGUCGUCAGGACGGUCAGGAUGAGAAGAAGAAAUCGAAAGACAAGGAGAUAUGGAGUUUUGGACACUAACAUAGAAAACAUGGAAUUGACACCUUUAGAACAAGAUGAUGAGGAUGAUGAUAACACAUUGUUUGAUGCUAACCAUCCUCGGAGAUAAGAAUGUGCCUUUUGAUGAGAGGACUUCAUCUUUCUACAGUGAAGGGCGGAGUUUCUAUGUUUUAAGGAAUAAGAAGCCACUAUAUCAAUGGGGGAGGGAGGGUAUUUAAGUUACAUACAUUAUGAUAACCUUUAAUUUGUUGUUACAGUAAGUACUGUUUCAGUUUGUUUUAUCUUUAUCUGUAUAGAAGUGCUCUAAUGGCUCAGAGCUAUUGAGGAUAAACUGUCCUGUAAUAGAAAUCUUUUUGAAAAUUGCUUAUAAAACAGGGUGAUUUCUCAUUAGUUUUAGUUUCUUGUUUACCAUACUGUUAUAAACUGUUUUAUGUACUAAUCAGUUAAUGUUAAUUAUAUUUCUUUGGUGUUAUUUAAACAACUAGAAAUUUCAACAACCAACUGGUAUAUAAAAAAUUUGAUUUUUCUUUUACCAAGAUGUAUUUCCCAUUUUUGGGGGGGAAAAAGCCAAAUUUAUUACUAUGUGUUUGGAUUUUUUAAGUAUUAAUAAAGGAGUUAUUGUAUCCACAAUACGAUUUAAAAUUAUUUUAAAUUGGUAUAGAUAGAAUUUGUUUAUAAAAUAAACCUAAAAACUAUAGAAUUAUUGUAUGAACGUGUAUUUUACACAAUUUGUUUAUAAAAGCAUUUUUUUUUAUUUUAGUAACUUCCAUGUCAGCUUAAGAUGUCAUCUUCGAUUGAAUAUUUCAGAAGCCAGUAAAUUUCAAAGCCAUUUUAUUUGUUUGAGUAUUGUGAAAAACAGAAAUAAUGGAAAAAAAUGCACCUAAAAAAAUAAAAUACUUAGGAAUAAAUCUAACCAAGGAUGUAAAAGACCUAUACAAAGAAAACUACAAAAUACUACUGCAAGAAAUCAAAAAAGAUCUACAUAAAUGGAAAAACAUACUAUGCUCAUGGAGAGGUAGACUCAAAAUUGUGAAAAUGACAAUUUUACCCAAAGCAAUCUACAAAUAUAAUGCAAUCCUGGUCCAAAAACUAACAACAGUCUUUAAAGAGAUGGAAAAACAAAUCAUUAACUUUAUGUGGAAAGGGAAGAAGCAGCAGAUAAAUAAAGCAAUAUUGAAGAAGAAGAAUAAAGUAGGAGGACUUGUACUACCUGACCUCAGAACCUGCUAUACAGCUAUGGUAGUCAGAACAGCCUGGUACUGGUACAAUGAUAGAUGCAUUGACCAAUGGAACAGAACCGAGAACCCAGAUGUAAAUCCAUCCACCUUCGGUCCCCUGAUCUUUGACAAAGUCUCAAAGUCCAUUAAAUGGGGAAAAGACAGUCUUUUUAACAAAUGGUGCUGGCAAAACUGGAUGUCCAUCUGCAAGAAAAUGAAACAGGACCCAUACCUCACACCAUACACAAAAACUAAUUCAGAAUGGAUCAAAGACCUAAACAUAAAACCAAAAACUAUAAAGAUUAUAGAAGAAAAAAUAGGAUCAACACUAGAGGCACUAAUACACGGCAUUAACAGGGUACAAACCAUAACUAACAACACACAAGCUCCAGCAGAUAAGCUAGAUACCUGUGAUCUUCUAAAAGUUAAAUACUUAUGCUCAUCAAAAGACUUCACCAAAAAUGUGAAAAGAGAACCUACAAACUGGGAAAAAAAUCUGGGCUAUGACAAAUCCAACAAAGGUCUAAUCUCUAAAAUCUAUAGGAAAAUCCAACACCUCUACAACAAAAAGACACAUAAUCCAAUUAAAAAAUGGGCAAAGGAAUGAGCAUACACUUCACCAAAGAAGACAUUCAAGUGGCUAACACACGAGGAAAUGCACGUAAUCACUAGCCAUUAGAGAAAUGCAAAUCAAAACCACAAUGAGAUAACAUCUCACCCUGGCAUUACUGGCACAAAUCAAAGAAAAAGAAAAUAAAUGUUGGAGAGGCAGCAGGGAGAUUGGAACUCUUAUGCGCUACUGGUGGGAAUGCAAAAUGGUACAACCAUUUUGGAAAACGAUAUGGUGCUUCCUUAGAAAGCUAGAAAUAGAAAUACCAUAUGAUCCAGCAAUCCCACUCCUAGGAAUAUAUCCUAGAGCAAUAAGAGCUGUCACACAAAUAGACACAUGCACACCCACGUUCACUGCAGCAUUGUUCACAAUAGCAAAAGGAUGGAAACAACCUAAAUGCCCAUCAACAGAUGAAUGAAUAAACAAACUAUGGUACAUACAUACACACAAUGGAGUACUACACAGUGAUAAAGAACAAUGAAACUGCGAAGCAUCUCACAAUAUGGAUGAACCUAGAGGGCAUUAUCCUGAGUAAAGUGAAUCACAAAAGGUCUAAAUAUUGUAUUAGACCACUACUAUAAAAACUCAUGAAAAGGUUUACAUAUAAAAAGAAACAAUCGUUGAUGGUUACAAGGGAGAGGAGUGGUGGGGAUGGAAAAACACUAAAUAGACAGUAGAUAAGUGGUAACUUUGGUGAAGGUUGAGACAGUACACGAUACUGGGGAAGCCAGCACAACUUGUCCAAGGCAAGGUCAUGGAAGCUCCACAGACAUCCAAACUCCCUGAGGGACCGAAUUACUGGGCUGAGGGCUGUGGGGACCUUGGACUCGAGGAACAUCUAGCUCAAUCGACAUAACAUAGUUUAGGAAGAAAAUGGUCUACACUGGUGAGUAGCAUCUUGGGUCUUAAAAGCUUGUAAGCAGCCAUCUAAGAUACUCCAUUGGUCUCACCAUGUCUGGAGCAAGGGAGAAUGAAGAAAACAAAAGACACAGGGGAAAGAUCAGCCCAAAGGAUUAAUGCACCACAGUUACCACAGCGUCCACCAGACUGAGCUCAGCACAACUAGAUGGUACCCAGCUACCACCACUGACUGCUCUGACAAGGAUCACAGUAGAUAGCCCUGGGCAGAGCUGGAGAAAAAUGUAGAACAAAUUCUGACUCACAAAAAAAGACCAGACUUACUGCCCUGACAGAGACUGGGGAAACCCUGAGAAUAUGGCCCCUAGACAACCUUUUAGCUUAGUAAUGAAGUAACUCCUGAGGUUCAUCCUCCAGCCAAAGAUUAGACAGGCCCAUAAAACAUAACAAGACUAAAAGAGCACACCAGCCCAGGAGCAAGAACUAGAAGGCAGGAGGGUUCAGGAAAGCUGGUAAUAGGGAACCAAACUUCAAGAACAGAGAGUGUUGACAUGUCAUGGGGUUGGUAACCAAUGUCACGAAACAAUAUGUGUACUGUUUAAUGAGAAGCUAGUUUCUUCUGUAAACCUUCAUCUAAAGUACAAUAAUAAUUUAAAAAAACAAAAAAGAAAUAAUGGUAUGGUUCAAAGCCCCAAUCAUGUUAUGGGAUAGGAAAGGGAAGAAAUGAAGUGCAUGGAAUUUGAAGCCAGCCAGACCUGAAUGUAGAGACUGACUCAUUAUCUGUGAAUAAGUUAUUUAACCUCACUGAGUUUCAGGUUUUUGCAUUCUGAAAAUUAGAAGAGAACAAUGCCUCAUAUAGGAAAAGUAAGGGUCACGAACUCAGUUGCUUACAGGGGCCAGAGAGGUAAUUUAAAUGCAUGUGACGGUCAGGAUAGGCUAGGUCAUACAGUGGUAAAAAAUGGUCGUCCAAUCUCAAUGGCUUACAACAACAAAGAUUUAUUUUUUACUCGUGCUACAUGUUUGUUUUGGACUGUGAUUAUGGUCUAUAUUGUCUGUUUUCUGACACCAAGGCUGAAGGCACGACCUCUGCCUGGAAUAUUGCCUGUCUUGCAGCUAAAGGUCCAGACGUGGAGAAAUGCAUGCUGAGUUAUAAACUUCUUCCCAAAGUGAUAUAUUUCACAUCAACCCAUAUUUUAUUGUCCAAACUAAACCAUAAAGCCACUCCAGAGUUCAACAGGGCAAAGACAGAUAAUCCUCCAAAAACUAGGUUAAUUGGGAGUAUUGGGCCACUCAAAAUACCAGCUUGGCUUUAUCUAACUGGUUUGCCAUAGCGAGUCAGGUUAUGCUGAUAUCAUGGUAUAUGGGUAUAUCGUGGAAGCCCAGACUAAAGUGAAGAUAAAAGGGUCAUCCUCUGUUCAGCAGCCACUAUUAGCAACACUAUUACUUUGCCCAGUGUUGCUCAAUAUUUUAUUUUUAUUUUUUUAAUUUGCAAGAGAAGCCAAAAAUCCAGAUAUCUUACAUGCAAUAUGUCCAUCUUAAAAUAUUAAAACAAUGCAUUCGUUGAUUACAUUGAACCCCAUACCUACCUCUGUUAUAUCUGAAAAUCAUAUACUAUUAAAAAAACCAUUGCCAACAAGUCAAUUCUGACUCAGCAACCUUAAAGGACAGAGUAGAACUGCCCCAUAGGAUUUACAAGGAGUGCCUGGUGGAUUCAAACUGUCGACCUUUUGGUUAGCAGCCAUAGCUCUUAACCACUAUGCCACUAGGGUUUCCUUUUACUAUAAUACCUAGGAAAUAGUGAUAUAUUUACCAGCUGCUGUUAGGUGUAAGUGGCUUUUACAGAAAAACUGAAUGGAGGUAAAGGGUGAGUCUACUA